AUGACUACAGUAGAUAUUAUUCCAGUUCUUGAUUACUCAAAAUAUCAGCCAGAUGACUCAACAUCUGCCUCAUCCAAAGAGUUCUUGGAUAGCUUGUACCAGGCGAUGAGUGAAGUCGGCUUCUUUUACAUCAAGAAUCAUGGCAUCCCAUUGAAAUUGCAGCAAAAGUCGUUUGAGACCAUCAAAUCAUUCUUUAAAUUGCCCAUCGAGGAGAAACUAAAAGUAGAACUAAAGAACUCUCCUCAUUUCAGAGGGUAUUCUUGCUUGAAUGCAGAAACGACAGACUACAAGCAAGACAAUCGUGAGCAGCUUGAUUUAGGUAGAGAAUACCCAAUUCUACCCAUCGAGGGUCACCCAGUUUAUGCUCAUUUGAGAGGCCCCAACCAAUGGCCAGAGCAAAUCCCGGGAUUUAAGGAAACUGUUACCGAGUUGAUGGAAUCCAUGACUCAGGUAGGCCUGACUAUCAUCAGAGCUAUGGCUCAGGUGCUUAAGUUUGAUCAAGACGAGUUUAUGGCAUUGUUUGGCGAGGACUAUGGCGUCAGAUGCAAGUUGCUUCGAUAUCCUGCUCUCAAUGAUCCUGUGGACAAGCCUCUUGAGCAUGGUUUAGGCGUAGGACCUCAUAAAGAUACUGGGUUCUUGGCUCUCUUGUUGCAAGAUGACAUAGGAGGCUUACAAGUGCAAACACAAGACGGAAGAUGGGUGGACGCUGAACCCAUCCCUGAUACAUUCAUUGUCAACAUUGGAGAGAUCUUUGAGCGAUUGACCAAGCAAACAUUUGUUGCAACAACGCAUCGAGUAAUCAACAAACCAUCUGCCAAUUUUACUGAUCGCUAUUCAAUUCCAUUGUUCUUGGCUCCUGCCUUAGAAACCAAGAUACCUCAAGUAGACAUUCCAACAGCUACAAAACGAAACAUUGUCUCUGAUGUCAAGCAAGACCAGUUGUUGCAAGAUGAGAUUUAUGGUGUAAAUGAACUAUUAGGCUAUUUACGAAGCCAUAAGAUUACAGCAGAUAAAUGGUAUUACUACGACGAGCAAGAGAAGCAAUGGCAUCGAAGACCUGUUGCUGUGGAGAACUAA